AUGGCAAGCCAAAUACCUCCCCCGAAUCCCCAAGCCGAUGGUGGAGCCAUACACAAUGACCAAGAACUCUGUCAACAUCUCUUACGCAAUCUCAACCGCUCAGUCGCGCUGGAAAUCCUCCCCUCGAGAAUCCAUAACAAUGGCACUGGUCUCUUCGCUAUGGAAGCGAUCCCUGAGGGGUCGGAGAUCUUCCGGUCCACGCCGUUGGUCAACUGUGUCCGGAGUGCGAAGCAUGGUAUUAUCUGCGAUUACUGUUAUGCAAGCAGAGCUAUACUGAUUAAUGCCAAUGGUAAAUUCAAAGCCAAAGGCGAAGUGAUGGUGUUGCCAAAGAUCAGUCUGUGCACACAAUGCGGAGUAUGUGGGUACUGUUCCAAGGAUUGUCAGGCGAAGGCCUUGGAAAAGUACCACAAGUCAGAGUGCGAGGCCUUAAAGCGCUCACCAUCUGCGGAUUUAUGGACCCGUAUGCUGUAUCGGGUGCUCGCGAUGCACAAGCAGGGCACAUAUUCGGAGCAAGAGUGGCAAGCUCUGCAUCACCUCUGUGGUAACCAGAGACAGAAUAAUUCUGUCUUUGACAGCCACAAGGGUAUUGACAUCUCCAAGGGUGCCAAAACCUCGAUACAGUCGAAGCUUGGAAAUGAGGCAAUACAGGAUCUGUUUUGUAAGGUUCUCACAAAUGUUAUGUGCAUUAAUCACCAAGAAGGGAGCCCUGGAAUAACGCUCGAUCUUGUAGGAUCUUUUGUAAACCACUCCUGCGAUCCAAACGCCUUUGUGUUCUUCGAAGGCAGCCAGCUACGAAUGCGGUCACUGAAGCCAAUCAAUGCUGGCGACGAAAUAACGCUGACGUACACAGAGCUCAGAGAAGGCGUGUUGAUGCGCAAGAGGAAACUACACCGUGGAUAUUCCUUCUUCUGCAGAUGUAACAGAUGCAAAAAAGAGCACAAGGAGCUCCAUGAAUUGUCAUUCAGGGAGGGUUUCUCCAUCAGGGAUUUCAUUGACACGGAGAUAAAAUUUGACAAUUUGAAGAACCAGGCCUUUAGCAACAGAUACACCAUAGAUCAAGUAGAGACCAUCCUCGCUGUUCUCACCAGAGCCAUCUUCCCCACCCGACCUUGGCCGGAUACCCUCCUGCCCAUGAGUAGCAUGAAGUUCUGCUUUGCGAGACUAUACAGUUCCUCCAACAACCACCGCCAAGCCGCUAUCCACGCCCUCCAAGGCUGCCUCGCAACGACCAAUCGCUCCGGACCCGAAUGGGUGGACUUCCUGCACACAUUCCUCCGGUACUUCGCAGCCUUCAUAGUCGCACCAAGCGCCGCUGAAGAUGAUAUACCAGACCCGCAUAAAUUGCAGUAUUUCUUCAAUGGGCUAUUGAAGGAGCUGCUGAUACAGGGAAGUAAGGUAUAUGGGAUGGACGCAAGGUACACUAUCGCACUGGUGCUGUGGUAUGCCGAUGUGCUAAAUACUAUGGAGCCGCCGCUGCCAGGGGAGGAGGGGUUUGCGGAUAUAUUUGGGUCGGCGCAGGCGAGCGUGCUGAGGUGGGUGGGGGUGGAUGAAGGGAUGGGUGUAGACCUUUUGGUUCUAGAAUAG